AUGAUCAUGAAUUCUUCCCACUACCCAGUAGCCCUGCUUGCAGGCGCUCCCGCGCGAACAACUGUCAACCGGUACAUUUUCACGACGGAUGGUGACCACUGGGCGCAGUCGCGCGCCAUGAUCCGUCCGAACUUCGUCAAGGACCAGGUUGCGCAUUUGGACAUCUUCGAGGAGCUCAUGGCCGAUUUACUGGCCUUGAUCCCGACCGACGGCACCACGGUUGACCUGCAGGACCUGUUCUUCUGUUACACAAUUGAUUCGGCUACGGAAUUCCUGUUCGGACACAGCGUCCAGUCCCUCAAGAAACGCCUUUCGGGUGUGAAACUGGACGACAACGACUUCGCCAGUUCGUUCAAUUAUGCGCAGGACGCGAUUGCAAAAAAUACACGUUUGGGCCCGCUGAGACACUUUUUCCGAGAUACUAAGGCGGAACACUGCAAUCAGGUGUGCCACGAGUUGGUCGAACAGUUUGUCGAGAAGGCGUUGAAAUACCGUGCCAAUUACGACGAGGAGAAGGCCGCGACAGAUGACGACAAGAAACAGAGGUACCUGUUUCUGCAAGGGUUGGCGCAACAAACCGGUGAUCCUAAGCGGAUUCGGGAUGAGCUGAUGAAUGUGCUUCUCGCUGGUCGGGAUACUACGGCAUCGCUGUUGAGCAACAUGUUUUUCAUGCUGGCGAAGAACCCCCACAUCUGGAACAAGCUGCGCGAGGAGGUCGCCUCGUUGGAAGGUCGCGCCCCGACUUAUGAGCAGUUGCGCAAUCUCACCUAUCUCAAGUACUGCAUGAACGAAUCCCUGCGUCUCCACCCCGUCGUCCCCUCCAACGCCCGCUUCGCCAUCAACGAUACUGUCCUUCCCGUCGGCGGCGGCCCGGAUGGCAACGCACCUGUUUUCGUCCCCAAGGGCUCCAUUGUUGCUUACAGCGUUUACUCGAUGCACCGUCGCGAAGACUUCUACGGUCCUGAUGCAAACGAGUACCGCCCCGAGCGCUGGGCCGAUCUGCGACCGUCAUGGGAGUACCUGCCCUUCAACGGCGGGCCCCGUAUCUGCGUCGGCCAACAGUAUGCACUUACCGAGGCCGGCUACGUCACCGUGCGUCUUGCACAACAAUUCUCCGUUCUUGAAAGUCGGGAUCCAGGUCCGUGGGAGGAGAACUUGACCUUGACAUUGUGCUCGAGAAAUGGAACAAAGGUCGCCUUGAGACAUUAG